AUGAACCAAUGGCCGAACGGGCAGUCGAACGGCAUGUUCUCCCAAAACGCCUCAGGCCACCUUAACCCGGCCGCCAUGUACAACAACCUCGCCAACCCUAAUCAGUUCGACCAGUACAGCCAAGGACUCCAGAACGGCAACGGUAGCACGCCCACUCCUACUGCCUUCAACCAGACCUUCAACCCGGCUUCAGUCAUUCCUGCCAAGCGACCUCAUGAUGGCGGUAUGGCAGGCUCACCACAGCAAUCUCAGAUGUCACGUUCUCAGACGCCCAGCUACGCCUUCCCAAACCAACAAGCAGGUGGAUCGCAGUUUCCCAAUGCGCCGACACCGUAUCAGCAUCUGCAACAGCCGGCUUCCAACAAUGCGACUCCCUCGCCGACCAUGUCCAACCAGCAAUUUCGACCUCCACAGCAGACGCGCAUGAACAACGCGUCACCCAGUCCAUUUCCUCAACAGCAACAGCAGCAACCACAGCAGGGGAAUUUCACAGGACAGAUGCCACCCUCUACCCCACAGCAGCACAACCAGCAGCCUGGUAUGCAGCAGCAACAGCAGGGUGGCAUGGUCAGCUGGAAUCAGGGCAUCGGCAUGAGUACGAAUAACAUGAAUGCUGGCGUAUCGAUGGCACCUCAGAUGAACAACAUGAUGUCGCAAGCGAACGCGCAAGCCAAUGCGCAACGGAUCUACCAGAUGAAGCUCCAGCAGCAACAGGAUGCGAUGCGAAGAAGUGGGAUGGUGCCUCCACGGCCAGCAGGACAGCAAGGUGCCAUAAACAACAUGGGCAGUCAGCAACCAGGGGCGCAGAUGGCCAACGGCCAGAACACCAAUCCGGCCGCUACCACCAAUCAUCAGCAGAAGCGAGCACAAUUCUUCAAGGCUUUGCAGGCUAGUGCGAUGCAGACGGGACGACAGUUCGUCCCGAAUCCGACUGUCGGUAACAGACCUAUCGACCUCUACAUGCUGUUCAACGUCGUCGCUUCAGCACAAGGUGCCGCGAACGUGGAACGAAUGGGACAAUGGCAGAUUGUGGCUAACAAAUUUGGCCUGCCUCCUAGCCAGUUCCCGAAUGCUGGUGAAGAGCUCAAGCAGCUUUACAUUCGAGAUGUCGGCAAUUACGAACGUGCUUGGUUCAAUAUGAAGGUCCAGCAAAAACGUGAGCAGGCUCGAGAACAUGCGCAUCAGAUGGCUGGUCUGGGUGGGCCAACACCGUCCACGCCUAGUCGGACGAUGCAGCCUCCAAAUCAGCAAAAUCAGUUUGCGCAGUUUCAGCAGGGUAUACAGGCUCAGCAACAAGCGCAAGCUACGCCAGUACAGAUACCUGCGCAGUUGCAGCAGAAUGGGAUGUCUACGCCUGAGCAGCUCAUGCAUCAUCGACGGAAUAGCAGUAUUCAGAGACCUCCACAGAUGACGCCUCAGGCUGGUGUGGCUUCAGUUGCAGCAGCGUCGCCAGGCUCUGGGCAGAAGGUGCAGCGCUCUCCAUCAGCCAGACAAGAGGGCGGCGGGGCAGUAAUGAAGAGCGAUGAGCCUCAGAGUUCGAAUUAUGUCCCGAACUUUCGAUCGAUGGAACUGGAUGGCGGCUACAACAUACCUGCGCUCCACGAACUUGGCACAGUGAUCUCCCGAUUUCUGCCCAACAUGCCUACUGUCGACGAGAUGGGCAUCAUCGACAUGCGAGCGAUUGGUCUCAGUCUGGCGUCUGGUAUCCACAGCGAAGUCCGAUAUGCUCUCGAUGCACUUGUGAUAGUAUCACGUGACGAGCGGAUACACUUCGAGCUUGCGCAGUGCGAGGAUCUCAUCGAGUACGUCGUUGAUUGUGCUGAAGAGCAGACCGAGACACUUUCGGAAGAUGCUGCAGAGGUGUCCGAUGCACUUGAUCUGCCAUCCUACGAAGACAUCAUGCGCGGCGCGCGGGCAGAGAACGACACGCUGCAGGAUGUGCCGGCAUUUGGUACUCACCCUUACGAGCUUGAUCGUGCUGCUGAUCGGCUGAUCGCUAUCACUACGAUCAUGCGCAACAUGUCUUUCUUCGAGCACAAUCAUGUUCUGCUCACCUCGGCGCGUCUAAUCAAGUGGUUGAGCAAUACCAUUCGGCUACUUGGAACCAGGAAUCUAUUGCUUCGUACACUGCUCAACACGCUGGACUUCUACAAGGACAUUAUCACCUUCCUGUCGAACAUCACACAGAGUCUAGAGCUGCCGGGUCGAGAUGAUGCAUUGCACGUUCUCCAUUUCCUUCUAGCUUUCGCGCCACAGCCUGCCCCAAACUACGCGGACGACCCUGGCUCGGUGACAUUCACGCACUUUCAGCCAGCGGUGCAUCGAUACCUACCACCUGCUGUAGACUGCCUGGCGAAGCUGCUGGCGAGACAAGAUCCGAACCGACAAUUGUACAAAAGUAUAUUCACAGCCUCGAGCUCCUCCCUCGCUGCAUCAGAAUCACCACUCGAUCUCCUAACACGAGCUUUCGCCUUAUCAAUCUCCAUACUACCAGAUCGUACAAAAGGCUCCCUCAGCAACUCCCACCAGCUCCGAAUAGUCGAGGCACGCAAAUCCUACCUCUGCCAAGGCAUGCUCGCAGCCGAUAUCCUCACCACUCUCGUCCCUGGCAACGACACAGCACUAGCCCGUGCCUGGAUCGAAAGCGAAGACGGCUGGGUUAUCGGCCUCCUGAAUCUCGCGAGCUUACUUUCGGUCGACCGCACGCCACCUGGUGGGCCCAAGGUCAGAGAUCUAGGGCACGAUACAGAGAGUUUCAAACUCAUUACGCAUCGAGCGCUGAGUAUGAUGAAGAGGUUGGCUGAGAAGGCUGGCAGGGGGAGUAUGCAUCGGGCUCUUGCUCCUGGUAUGCAGAAUGGGAAUGCCGUGAAUGGCGAUGCUGUCACCAAUGAUGAGGAAGCUGAGCUUUCGGCGCCGAAAUGGGAGGGUGUCCCGCAUGGGCAUGCUAUACUUGGUGCUUUGAUGAUGCCGAAUACCGACAAGGUUGCUUUGGGCUUGUUGUGCUCGUUGCACGAGAUGGCUAUGCAGCAGUGA